AUGCUGUCUCGCGCUCACCCACGAGAUCGUAUACUCAGCACCGUGUAGGUACCAUGGCCUACCCUCCUGCGGGUGGUAACGUGUGCUGUCACGCUGCACGCGGUCGUCGUGGUCUUCGUCACCGUAGUCAACGGCGUGGAACUUUGUCCGUACGGGAAGCUUUUCAUUCAAACCCAACGCGAAUGACGACGGCAGGACUCACUCUCUUUCUCUCGCUGUGUGCCUUCGGAACAUCAUCAGGACGACGCGACUCGCCCACACACACGGCGGCGGAAGCACACUAGAGCUAUCGGUCGAGAAUGUAUUUCAACAGUUUCCGUCUGGCACGCUGCAGUACACUUUUGACCGAGGAAUAGAACGUUUGCUGAAAUACCAACACCAGCUGCAGGUGGUGUGCAGAUCGGAUUGACCCCGGGAGUGCGCUUGAGGUGUGGGAAGAAAAAGAAGAUUUUUCCUGGAAAUAAAAGAGUCCUCUUCUUCAGUCAGUGAGGUCCUUGCUCCAGCGUGAGCGAGUUCGGUUCGGAAAGCGGUGAAUAAUUCGUGAAGAGUGAUAAAUUGGUAUCGAAUUGUGUAGUGAAUUUCGGUGGAAAAUCCAAACGAAGUGGGAAAAUAGUGUAUUGAUACUACGCAGCGGGAAAAUCCAUUUUUUGUUGACAAAGAAAAAAGGCUGAAAGAAAUACUCACUCUAGUGCGUUCGGUGUGUGUUCAUUGUGCGUAAAAGUCACGUUUCUUUGAAGUGCGAAAAGUGAAGGUGCCAUACAAUUAGGUUCUAAACCGCCCCAAGAAGGAUUUUAGAAUCGACUGGAAUCGAUUGUUGGGUACUCCUACCGACGGCGGAUUCGUUUUACAGCAGUAAAAAGGCUUCUUCCCCCAUAAUCCCCGCGCCCAUCCGUUUGUGCGAGUAAAGCACCCACGUUUGUGCCCCACCCAUCCCCACUAGACAAAACUAACUAGCAAAAUGAAGGCAACCGCGCUGUGGGCGGCCAUCGGAGCGAUACUGAUCUUCAGCGGCACUGCGAACGCCUGGGGUGGCCUAUUCAACAGAUUUUCACCGGAAAUGCUGGCGAACAUGGGCUACGGUAGCCACGGGGGAGCAUACCGGCCACAGGCAUUCCUACAGAAUGAAAUCCUAGACGAAGAGCAGCAAAACCAGCGCAUCGACGGCGAGGAUGUCUGCUACGGACGGCCGUGCUACUCCAACGAAAACUGCUGCCCCGGGCUGGUUUGUGUGAACGUUGACGGAGGUGAGCUCGCCCCCUACAUUUCCAAAUUCAUCGGCCACUGUAUGUUCUCGCUGGGGCGCAAGUACGGCGAAAUGUGCCAGCGGGACUCCGACUGCGAGAGCGGACUGGUUUGCGACAUCUCCACGCUGAGCGGUGCCAGCGUGUGCCGACCGCCGAUCGUGCUCGCCAAGCAGUACGCCGAGGAUUGCAUCACGUCCAGUGACUGUGAUAUCACGCGAGGACUUUGCUGCCAGGUGCAGAGAAGACAUCGACAAGUACCCCGCAAGGUCUGCUCGUACUUCAAGGACCCUCUGCUGUGCAUUGGAACCGUUGCUGCCGAUCAGGUCAAACACGAAAUCCAGCAUACCGCAGGAGAAAAACGAAUCAUCUACAACAAGCAUUAAGCGGUUGAGAAAGUCACAGCAGCAAAACUACUUUAGCAACAUAAAGCACUCAAAAGCCCGGAUAGACGGAAACGUUUCUGGAAACAGACAAAAUCAGCGACAAAAUGACACACAAACAAACGCAAAACAAGCAUAAUCAAAAAUACCAGAUACCAGUAGCGUUUACCUACUUAUACAUUAGUGUACAGAAUGUGUUUCCCAAUUUCAGUCACUUAACCGAACAUGGAACUUCCUCAAGUUUUUUUUUAAAUUUUGUUACACCAUGCAAGUCGAGAAAACUGUUAAGUUUAUAGUUGCUUGAAAGAAAAAAUAGAAUCGAGAAUAAAUUGAAAAACUUUCAUCAUGAAUGGCGUGGAAGAGAGCGGAAGCAUGUGGAAUGAGUCCAAACCUGUUGAAUCAUGCAUGACAAGGUGAUAAACGACCUAUUUACUUAAAAUGGCACGAAACUUUAAAAAAGUUUUCCCUCGUUGUGGUAUAAUGUUAGUUAAGAACGUCUACAUAAAUGACGAAAUGACGGAACAACUGAACAAAAAGGAAAAACAGCACACACUAUUACAACACAAAUGAACUAAUACAUAUCAAUCAAUGUCCUUAUUGUCCUUGCCGAGAUAAAUAUACUUAUAUUGAUAACAAAUAGUGAAUGAUAGCAUUUCUUUUAAGAGGUUAUAUUAUAGCUUAUAAGAGACUAUGCUUAUGAGCAAGGUUCCGUGACGAGCAAUUUUCCCGUAGAAAGCUGAAAAAAUGCAUAUCUUGCAUGAGUUAAGUUAGGCGAAAAUGUCCCUCCAAGGAAAGCAAAACAACAGAAGAGAUUAUCAUGUUACGAUGUUACCACUAAGCGAACUUUUUAAUUCCAUUGAAGCUUCCUAUGAUCGAUGGUAAAGGAAAUUUCCACGAGAAAAAGUGUGACCGAUACUAAAUACAUAAGCACUGAGAACACAAAAACACCUGAAAACUUAACCUACCUACGACGAGAAGAAUUUUCGGCGUAAAAAUGUGGUUCGACCGCCGGUUCGACCUAAGAAGAUAUGUGGAAUUGUCACCUUGGGAAUUGGCCGUUCACACUGUUUGAUAUUUUUUUUAUCUGUAUUAACGAGAUUUUUAGCCCUAGGCUAGUUCAUCUGGGGACCCACGCUUUACUUCCCUUCCGAUAUUUUGAAUAUAACAACUAUAAAAUUCCUUUCCUUAUCAUAAUUACCGUUGUCUACGUUUAAGUAUCUCAAAUUAGUAUUCUGAGAGCAAACUACAAUUCCGGUGGCGUAGCACCAGCCACGUUAUGUGACGAUGAAAACCUUGAGCAAAACAAACACGACAAGCCCUACUACGAUGUCAAAGAUUGAUACUUUUUGAAACAACUCUAUUACUUACUUAUUGACUAUCUGAAAAAACUGAAAGCUUAGUGCAACCAGAACAGGUUGCCGAAGCUUCUCUUCAGCGAUCUACUUACCAAAAUCAGGAAGGUAAAGGAUUUCCUUCAAAUGACACAUAGAAGAUGAUUAUCGGAAUAAUUGAUCAAUUAUCAACUAUUUUCAUAUCGUUAAUUGUAGUAAACAGUUCUGGAUUAAGAUUAAAAAUAUGGCUUUUGUUUUAAAGCAAAUGUUAAAGCUGGAAAUGAAGCGUACACGCUCAUUUAAUGCUCUAAAACGAAAAAAAAGUGUUAAAAUCAAACUUCAAAAAAUCUUACUGCUGAACGGCUGCUCAAAAGGUACAAUAGUGACAAAUCCCAUCUUCAUUUUGUGUAGUUUAAAGAACCGGCGGAAUCCGAUGUAUUGAUCCUUCGUCUUGCUAAAAAUGUUCUUCUUCUAAUCGUUUUUAUACUACUUCGAGAUAACCAUGUAAGAUAUAAUACAACUGCGUCUGUACACACUUUUACGCAUUUGUAGUCCGCAAAAAUAUGACCAUAUGGAGUAAAAGAAAAUUGCAAACAUCAAAAGGCGGAAAUUGAAGAGUCACAGAUAUAAUACUGAUAUUAUCGGUUCUUAUGCAAAGAAACAUAUCGUUAUAUUACAUUAAAAAGAAAGUUAAACUAAAGACAAAAUGAACUUAGAGUAAAAGUGAUUACCACGUAAGUUUAGGACCUAAAAAAACUGAACAACAAGAUAUCAUACUGGCUGAGACAUUUACUUAUCGUAUGUUUAGUAUACACUAAUAUAUAAAAAUCAGAAUUAUUGAAAAUUAGAAUAUCUUUAUGAAUGCCGAACGAAUCGAAGUAAACGAAAAUGCCCAGAAGAAGUUAUGGUUGAAUAUCACACAACUGCAAGAUCAGAAGCAAAACAUUUCCUCACUUUUUACACACUCAUUUCAAGGCUUACGAAAUCUCUUGACUGAAAUCAAAAUGAGCGAAUAGAGAAUAAUCCAACGAAAGGCAGACAACAAUCAACAACUAGAAAAGAAAAAAAACUCAAACCAACUGUGACUAAUGUGAAGCAAAAUCCAACAACAACCACACUCAGAGUGUACAAUGAAUAACAAAUAUUUCCAUUCGACGAACUCAAAAUUGUACGAAAGCUAGACACAACCACAAACGUGUACCAACUAACAACAAAAGCUUUUCUUCGAAAGAAGCGCACACUCUGAAGAACAAUUGCACAUAAACUGUCACAUAAGGCCGUGUAUACACGAACGGAACAAAAGCAAUCGUGCAACAUUCUGGAAACGUCAUGAAAGUUAAAACAAAACGAUCACUGAAACCCCGAGUCCAUUAAAAAUCUUUCCGGAACGUUGCACGAUCACGAACACUGCUGGAAAACACUGCAGGAUGCCUAUUCGCCGGAAAGGAAAACACUGAUUACUGCUUCUUAGGCCUAGGUUCAAAAGCGAAAUGACACACGUGCUUCUAAUCAAAUGUCGCCCCAUUGAAAGUGAAAAUGAAAAACAUAUCAAAUCUCUCAGAAUGGUGCCACAAAUAGAUGUACGUAUUUGUAAAAUUCUGUACUAUUUCUAUUAGAUCAACAGACAAGGACUAAGCAGAAACGACGCGCAAAAAAGGAAAUCAAUCAGUGAAUUACUUUUUUUAAACAUUCCACACAAAUAGAAAAGCAUAAAAGAAUCAAUUCUGCUUGGAACACGGAAUUUAUUCACGUGCAAAACAAUGUUUAUUCACGUUUUAACACUACUUCUGCUGUCGUGUACUUAUUGUGUAUUCAAAUUUAUAGCCGCAACAAUCAGUCGCAUAUUUUCACUCCUGUGUACAAAUUCAUUAUCCAGACUCAGAACAAAAAAAAAUCCACAACCAUUCAACCGGCAGUCAGUGCGUAGCACAAAUGGAUGAAUGAAAGAAGAAAAAGAAGAAAAAAAAACAGAACAGAAAAUAUAUGUGUAUAUCUUUCAAAACUUAAA